UUUUGCUACUUGUCAAAAAAAAAAAAAAAAUAUCAAUUAAAAUCACUAUUUUACCCCUGAUAGUGGACAGUCCGUCCAAUAUCGGGCAUUGCCCGUAUUAUAUGUGUGUGUGAAUCUCCCUCUUUCCUUUUCAUUUUUUAUUUUUCGAGCCUUUUCAUUUUUACGCUGUUCCCCUCUUCUCUCUCUCUUUGUCCUCCAUUGUACCGCGUUCUCUGAAUCCUCCAUUGAAGCGCCUUCUUAGCUUUCUCUGCUCCAUUGAAACGCCUUCUCAGUGUGUUAAUGCUUUUGUGGCAGUGUAAUGGAAGAGGUUGGGUUGAGAGUGUUGGAGCAUUCUUACAUGCAAGUGCCAGCCCUGUUGGCGCAGUUAAAGGAUGAAGAUCCUGGUGUUGCUUGUCAAGCUAUUGUUAGUGGCACAAAAUUCUUUUAUUCUACACUUCAGGAGUUGGCUCAGCAGUUUCACCGACAUGAUAAAGUUGAGAGGUGGGUUGAGGAGACGUGGAUGCAGAUGAUUGAGUUCAAGGAUGCAGUAUUUUCUCUUGUAUUUGAGGCAGCUGCUGUGAGGACAAGGUUAUUGGCGCUGAAAUUUUUGGAAACUUGCAUAUUGCUAUUUACACCAGAUGCAGUUAAUACUAAUAGACUGACCUCAGGAGGUAAGGAGCAUAGAUUCAAUAUCUCAUGGUUGGCUAAUGACCAUCCAGUUCUAGAUCUAGCUAAACUUGCAUCAGAAGCAAAUAGGCUAUUCACCAGUUUAUUAGAUAUGUUGCGAUCAUCCAGUAGCAUUCCUGGUCCAUUGACAAUCACCAUUGUCAAUUGUUUGGCUUCUAUUGCAAGAAAGAGAACAGAGCACUAUGGUCACAUUUUAUCUGCACUUCUUGACUUCCAUUCAAAAUCUGAAACCAGAUCAGGUCAUGCUGCUAGUCUACAGUAUUCUGUAAGAAGCGCCUUAUUGGGCUUCUUGAGAUGUACUCAUCCAGUUUUCAUUGAGUCCAGGGACAGAUUAGUUCAAGAAUUGCGCUCAAUGAAUGCUGGUGAUGCUGUUGAUCAAGUUCUUCGACAAGUUGACAAACUAAUGAGAAAUAAUGAGCGUUCUUCUCGAGAAGCCCGGAUGGUUAAGGAAGAACAGUCAUCAACCCAGCUUCCGCUUUCAGGGGAUCCAAUAAAGAGGAAGCUUUUGCCUGUGGACAAUGAGGAGCGUGAUAAUGAUGUUGAAAUGCCUUCAAAACGUUUGCGUUACACUUCUAAUGGAAGAUCUCCUGAUCUUGUACAGAUUCAUGGGUCUGCUGAUGACAAUCCUGUUAUUAAUGGGGUUCCUUCUGAAGCUCCCAUGGUGGAUAAUGAUGUGAACCCUGUUGAACAAAUGAUUACUGUCAUUGCUGCAUUGUUGGCAGAAGGCGAAAGGGCUGCCGAGUCUCUUGAACUUUUAAUAUCUCAAAUUCAUCCUGAUCUGUUAGCUGAUAUUGUCAUAACCAAUAUGAAGCAUUUGCCGAAGACCGCACCUUUACCAAAGCAGGGGGCCCUUUCCUCCAAUGCACAAAAUAUUUCUGCUGUGAGUGCUGCACAAAUUACUGAUAGUACAUCAUUGCCUGUCCUUCCACCACUUUCUGCACAACAAGGCUCCAUUCCUGCAGCAGUUACAUUUAGCACACCUCCUCCUGAUUACUCUGGCUCUGCCACUCUCCAAGUGGAUUCUAGACGUGAUCCAAGAAGGGAUCCCAGACGCUUGGAUCCCAGGCGAGUUGCAGUGCCUUCUGAAGCUCCAUUGCUUCCUCUUGCAGAGGAAGCUACACAUGUCUCAUCUAUAUUGGAAGGUCCUGCUUUUGUUAAUCGAACCACUUCACUAACUUCGGCACCAAUCACCGAACACAUCUCUUCGCAUUUUGUGCCUGAUGCUGAAGUUGAUGUGAAAAGUUCAACCCUUCUGGUUCCUGAGAACGAAGUAAUGCCAAAAGAAGAGGAAGCAGAUGAAUCCAGGGAGAUAUUACCAUCUUCAGAUGUUAAUGUGCUUGUUAAUCGUGCACUCUCUCCUGAUCAUGCGGUCAAUGAGAGCCCCAUCACUCUGACAUCUUUUAAAAUAGAACCAACCGAUGCUGCAUGUACUUCAUAUAUUCAAGAAUCUGAUGAAGAUUCUCCUCCCGUUUCAAACACAUCUGCAUGUGAAGAAACUUGCGAAGACUUGCCCGAAGUUCCAUCUUAUGUUUAUUUAACAGAAAAACAGAGACAAACAAUAAAGAAACUGGCCGUGGAACAGAUUGUCAAAUCAUACAAACAAUUAAAAGACCAAGAAUAUUGCAGGACUAGGAAUUCACUAAUUGCUCGAUUGGUCUCUUGGAUGGAAGCUGAUGACCUUGUGAUAGUGAUGGUGCAACAAGACAUUGUGUUGGAUUACAAAGAUCAGCAGGGACAUGACCUAGUGAUGCAUAUCUUAUACCAUCUCCAUGGUCUGAUAACUACAGAAGGUGAACAAUCUCCUGGUGCUGCUGACUUGUAUGAGAAAUUCCUUCUUGGAGUUGCAAAAUCUUUGCUGGAUACUCUGCCUGCUUCAGACAAGUCUUUUAGCAGACUGCUUGGUGAAGCUCCAAUGUUGACAGAUUCUAUAAUGAGACUCCUGGAGAAUCUCUGCUGUCCUGAUGGGUCAGACAUGCGUGGAAAAGAUGUUCGAGACGAUCGUGUCACUCAAGGUCUUGGAGCUGUCUGGAGCCUGAUUUUGGGACGUCCACUAAAUCGAUUGGCCUGUUUGAGUAUUGCUCUCAAGUGUGCGGUACAUUCAGAGGAUGAUACUCGCGCUAAGGCCAUCCGUCUGGUUUCGAACAAAUUGUACCAACUCAAUUAUGUAUCUGAAACAAUUGAGCAAUAUGCUAAGAACAUGUUGCUUUCAGCUGUGGACUGUACAACAGAUGCUGAUGCAUCCGAAUCUAUUUCGGCAGGAGUUGUUGAAGAAACUUCUAUCAGUGGUCCCCAAAUAAUAGAUUCUGGUAUAUCCCAUGCUGAUUCUCAGGCUGGUGCUAGCAUGUCAUUUCCUGAAGCUCAACGUCUAGUAUCUUUGUAUUUUUCCCUUUGUACAAAGAAACCUGGUCUCCUUCAGCUUGUGUUUGAUGUCUAUGCACGAGCUGGUAAAAUUGUGAAGCAGGCUAUUCAUCGCCACAUUCCUAUUUUAUUGAGGGCUCUUGGGUCAUCGUAUUCUCAACUGCUCCGCAUUAUAUCUGACCCACCAAUGGGAAGUGAGAACUUGUUGAUGCUGGUGCUCCAAAUAUUAGCUGAACAAACCACUCCUCCACCUGAUCUUAUUUCUACCGUCAAACAUCUAUAUGAAACUAAACUGAAGGAUGCUACUAUCCUCAUUCCAAUGCUUUCUUCUCUUUCCAAAAAUGAGGUUUUGCCUAUAUUCCCUCGGCUUGUUGACCUUCCUCUAGAUAAAUUUCAGCAGGCACUGGCUCACAUAUUACAGGGUUCAGCUCAUACUGGUCCAGCAUUAACACCUGCUGAGGUUUUGGUUGCUAUCCAUGACAUUGUGCCAGAGAAGGAAAAAAUUGCACUUAAAAAGGUAACAGAUGCUUGCACGGCUUGUUUUGAGCAACGUACUGUGUUCACUCAACAUGUAUUGGCAAAGGCUUUAAACCAGAUGGUUGAUCGAACUCCACUUCCUCUACUUUUUAUGAGAACUGUAAUCCAAGCAAUUGAUGCUUUCCCUACUCUGGUUGAAUUUGUCAUGGAGGUUCUCUCCAAACUCGUCAAUAGACAGAUCUGGAGAAUGCCAAAGCUCUGGGUAGGUUUCUUAAAAUGUGUGUCUCAGACGCAGCCACAUUCAUUCCAAGUACUAUUAAAGUUACCUGCACCCCAGCUUGAAAACGCCCUCAACAAAUACAGUAACCUCAGAGGUCCCCUUGCUUCAUAUUCCAGUCAGCCAAGCAUCAAAUCUUCUCUACCAAGUUCAACCCUUGCUGUUCUUGGUCUUGCAAGUGAAACACAUCCAACUCAGCCACAUCUUUCAACUCCCUUGCAUACCUCUGAUUCAAGCUCUGUUCGUGGGGCAACAUCAACGUGAUAACCCGAAUGACAUUGGUUUCAAAAUAUAUACAACCGCGCUAUAACAUUUUUCUCCGAGGAUGGUCCCCAACUUCCCAGAUUCACUAGGAAGUCGCCUGGAAUGGAAACACAGAACUGUGUUCCACUUGAAUGCUCCCACUUCAUAAAUAUGCCUUUGGGCGGGAGCUACGAAGGCAUCUGCACUAAGUUAAUGCCAAAAACUCAGUGAUAUUGAAGAAGAUUCCAGGCAGAGCAAUGAAGAGAUAAAUGAUCAGUUUUUUGCUUUGAGUUAACAACCUGCUAUAACUGCAGGUUAUGUAUAAUAUCUGUAUAUUUGUAUUUUAAUUAGUCUUGCUCCCUCUAAUUAGAAAUAGAAUUACCAUUCCAUGUCAAUUUUGGUAUUGGUUUUUGCCUCAAUUGGGCAUUUUUAAUAAAAAUAAUCACUAUGUUACAUCCCAACCCUCCCUGUUGAUGCAAAUAUUCUCCCAAUCUGGCGAGGUUAAUGAUUGCGUGUCAGUUGCUGUGGGGUGAGGAGGGGUUCUCUGUAAAAUUACCGUGUAGAAUUUUAAUGUAAAACUAACAAAAUUUGUCA